AUGGCGGAUUCGAAGGUCGCAUCGCCAACACAUAGCCCGCAAUGGUAUGAGGAUUCCUUACAGCUUACAUCGGUGCCUCUCGCGCCGAGCAUUCGUUCGAAGCUCCAGAAUGCAGGUUUCGUCUCAGUCCGGGACGUGAAAGGAGCGCGUGGCCCGAUCGAUCUCGCAAGAGAGACUGGUCUGACAAACGCGGAAGCGAGUGAAGUGAUAAAAGCACUGCGCCUUGGAAUCGAAGGCACUGCAUUGGCCGGCGCCAAAUCUGCAUCAGAAAUCCUUUAUGAAGAGAGCCGUAAACUUGCUGUUUUCACCUUCAGCAAGGAUCUUGAUGAUCUGCUCGGUGGCGGUGUUGCAGUUGGGGAGAUAACAGAACUGUGUGGGUGUCCUGGCAUAGGAAAAACUCAGGCGUGCAUGCAACUUUGUGUUUCCGUGCAGAUGCCGGGGGCAUUCGGUGGUUAUGAAGGAUCUGCAGUGUACAUCGACACGGAGGGGAGUUUCAUGGCUGAGCGCGCUAAGGAGGUGGCCCAGGCAACUGUUAGUCAUCUUGUCUCGAUUUCUCAAUUUCUUCCCAAACAUCUCAGUGAAAGUGGCGCAUUGUCACAGUUCACUGUGAAUGAAAUACUCGAUCGAGUUCACCUCUUCCGAUGUCACGAGAUUACCGAGCUCCUUGCCGUAGUAGAGUCACUUCCUAUGUAUGUCAGGGCUCAUGGAGUGAAGCUUGUGGUAAUUGACAGCAUGGCUUUUCACUUCCGACAGGAUUUCAAAGACAUGGCCUUACGUACUGCAAUCUUGGCCAAGAUGACAACCCAGCUGCUCAACUUGGCAAAGUCGGAGCAUUUAGCAGUGGUAUCGGUAAAUCAAAUCACAGUGAAACCGGAUCCUGCAUCUGGUGUAGCACGGUUAGUCCCUGCGCUCGGGGAAAGCUAUGCCCACGGAUGUACGACGCGUGUAAUCUUAAGCUGGGAGAGCGACAGAAGAAUGGCAUACCUGUUCAAAUCUCCAAGAUUACCACGCGGUAAAGCGAAAUUCACAGUGACUAACGGCGGCAUUCGAGAUGUGCGAGGUAUGAAAAGGCAAGUAGAUUUGAAAUAGAAUUCUACGACAGAUAAACUAAACUGGGUUUUAUUGUUGAGGAGAGAUGGCUUCAUCGAGAUAGUGGCCAGCUCGAUGACGUACGUCAUCAGGAAAUCACACUGGAUGCGAUGGGCUUGUGGAACAAGUGGUGUUUUGAAUCUAAUACACGGAGCCGCCUCCCUAAAUUGUAAUAGUCGUCGGUCAUUGAAGACAGGAUGGCGACUAUUUUUAAAUGAGGGUGAUGCCGCCGAGCCGCUUCGCGUCAACAGAAAGCCUCUACUUAAAACCAGACCAAAAUUCCAUGCAAGAAGCGUGAUGACCCCAACGAUUCAGUGCGCCAUCUUAAACUCGCGUUAUUGCGCCGAUUCUAGCGGUCUGACGGCCCGUCGAUAGUAUUGGAGACUGAAUCUACAUAGAUAUUUAUUCUUUGUAAACUGGCAGCCGGUUACCUUCGUGUUUCACGAAUAA